UUAUAUUAAAAACAUUUUCUUUACUUACACACUGCAAACAGUUUUUAAUUAAUUAAGAUUUUGCUCACAUUUUCUAUUGGCACGUAUCCGACUAAUACGAUCCGAGCAGCCAUUCAUGCAGGCAUCCGUUCUGUAACUUUAGGUCAUGUGACCAAUAGAUGAAAGAGCAGUGGCUGCGCUAACCACUGCAUAAACGAAUGCACCCUGUAUGUCGGUGGGAAACUUCGUUUUCAUUACAUGUACAACGUGGCCGCCGAGAGAUUCGCAGUUCGCUACAACGUUACAUACCGGACCGUUCGAUCGGAUUCUUCGUUUGCAUAGAGACACGAUUAAUUCGACACCAAUCGCUAACUUGUAAUCCAGGAGGCAAAAAAAAGACACGAGGCAAUAUUCCGAUCAAGUGUUUUUGGAGACGCACGAGGUAAAAUGGCUGAAAAACAGUGGGAAGUUGUUGACGUAUGGGACUUUUCUCAGGCGCCUCUUCGAGUAAAUAUGACCUUUGGAGAACGCACCCCUUACUAUGGUAAAGAACAUGAGGCACUCUUAUACAAUAACAGUGACAUAGUUUGUAGUGUAGGAGGAUACAAUAAUAGCAAACAAACAAACUAUAAGGAAAAUAAUGACAAUGCUCACGAAGAUUAUGAAAAUAGAUAUAAUGGCAAACAUAAAUUUGGAGGACGCAAUAGACAACAGGAUAGUGAUGGGCCGCAUCAUGGAAACAAUAGAGGAGGUGACAAUGAUCGUAAAUGGCAAAGUAAUUGGCGAAACCAGUAUGAUGGUGAAACUGAAGAUGUCGGCUUUAAUGGACACGACAGACCUAGGAGAGAUAUAGAUGAUAGAGAUGGAAGAAGAGGCAGAAGAGGAGGUGGUGAUGGCAGAAAUAGGGAUAACGAUGAUAAUGAUUUUGAAGAUAGGAAACCUAGAAAAGAUAGAAGUGAUAGAGGUGAAAGCAUUGGCAGAGGAGGUAGAAGAGAUGAUGGUUAUGGCAGGAAUAGAAAGAACAGUGAAAAUAAUAAUUUUGAAAAUAGUGGACAUAAAUGGAACGACGAUGAAUGGAAAGAACUAAAGAAGAACGAAAUUUGUAUCCCACCAGAACAACUAAUUGAUGAAAGUUUCUUAUUUGAGAAUGAAGUAACAAUGGGAAUGAACUUCAAUGAAUAUAACGUUAUCGAAGUAAAAGUGACUGGUGAAGGUGCACCGCAUCCAAUAAAAUCUUUUGACCAAUCCGGCCUCAGAACUGAUCUGUUGCAGAAUAUUAAAAAGUCGGGUUACACAGAGCCUACUCCAGUUCAAAAAUACGCCAUUCCAAUUAUAAUGAGCGGCCGCGACUUAAUGGCUUGUGCACAAACAGACUCGGAUAAAAAUGCGGCAUUCGUACUUCCAAUUCUACACUCGCUGUUGGAGAAUCAAACAGAUUUAGUUAAAACAGGUUCUUCCUGCGAACCACACGCGAUUAUUAUAUCGCCUACACGCAAACUUGCUUUGCAAACUUAUUUACAAUUUAAGAAAUUUUCUUUGAACUCUAUCAUACAUGUCGAGAUGAUUUAUGAAGAAAUGUAUAUUUUGUAUCAAACAAAUGAAGGAUGCAACGGUUGCCACGUUUUAAUCGCAACUCCAGCCAUGCUGUGGUAUUUUAUUAGACAAGGCAAGGUUGUACUUUCUUCCCUGCGCUUUUUUGUACUAGAUGAGCUUGACGAAAUGCUUGAUAUGCGUUUUUUGCCAUAUAUUGAAAAGAUAAUAGAUGAUGAAACAAUGGUAGCUACGGAAGAAAGGCAGAUGCUUAUGUUUUCCGCUACUUUCUCGAACGAAAUACAAAAACUUGCUGAUAGAUUUUUACAAAAUUAUUUAUUCCUCGAGGUUAGGAUUGUCGGAGAUACUUGUGCUGAUGUACAACAGAAUUUUUACCAAAUAUCUGGUAAAUCCAAUAAGUUAGAAUUGCUCAUAGAACUGUUAGGGAAAGAAAAUAAACUUGGUAGUAUACAAUAUACUUUAGUAUUUGUCUCAGAGAAAAUCCAGCCGGACUUCAUUGCCUCUUUCUUGUCGGAAAGAAAUUAUCGUAGCGCACAUAUCGAUGAAGAUAAAUUUCAAAGAAAACGAGAAGAAGCGCUAUUUGAUUUCAAGCAAGGAAAAAUGCCGAUUUUGGUACUAACCACGCUUGCUGCGCGAAGCUUGGAUAUUAAAAAUGUUUCGCAUGUAAUCAACUUCAAUUUGCCACAAACGAUCGACGAAUAUAUUGAUAGAAUUAGACAAACUAGUAGAGUUGGAAAUCGUGGAAAAGUAACUUCAUUUUUCAAUCCAGAAUUUGAUAUACCUCUCGCGGGAGAUUUGAUAAAAAUUUUAAAACAAGCUGGUCAGGCAGUACCUGAUUUGUUGAAAUUUAAUGGUGGUGGAGAAAGCGAAAACUACUUCAUGCCAGGAAAGGGCAGAAAAUUUGGCGGAGAAGAUAUCAGAGCCGUAAAAAUGGCUGAACAACAGAGGGAAAUUUAUUUUCUUAAAAUUGGUGGAGAUGCUUGUGCUGAUGUAGAACAGAACUUCUACGAAGUAUCUGGUCCGACCAAUAAACGAAAAUUGCUCAUAGAACUGUUAAGGAAACAAAAUAAACUUGGUAGUAUACAAGGCACUUUAGUAUUCGUCUCAGCGAAAAUCCAGACGAACUUCAUUGCCUUUCUCUUGUCGGAAAAAAUUAUCGUAGCGCAUAUAUCGAUGAAGAUAGAUUUCAAAGAGAACAAGAAAAAACACUAUCUGAUUUCAAGCAAGGAAAAAUACAGAUUUUGGUAUUAACGACGCUUGCCGCGCUAAGUUUUGAUAUUAAAAAUGUUUUGCACGUAAUCAACUACAAUUUGCCACAAACGAUCAACGAAUAUGUUGAUAGAAUUAGACUAACUAGUAGAGUUGGAAAUCGUGGAAAAGCAACUUCAUUUUUCAAUCCAGAAUUUGACAUAUCUCUCGCGGGAGAUUUGAUAAAAAUUUUAAAACAAGCUGGUCAGGUAGUACCUGAUUGGUUGGAAUCUGGCGGCGGUAAAGAAAGCGGAAACUACUUCAUGUCAGGAAAGGACAGAAGAUUUGACGAGGAAGGUAUCAGAUACGCUGCAUACAAACAUGAACGCGUUGAUCCUGAAUUAUACAUCUCUUACGAUAUAGAGACUAGAAGAGCAAUUGCAGCGGAAUUGUAAAAGUUCUUAUUUUUUUUGCAGGAUGCAUACAAACAUGAACGCGUUGAUUUUGAAUUAUAUGUCUCUUACGGUAAAAGGAUUAGAAGAGCAAUUGCAGAGCAAUUGUAAAUGCUAUUAUUUUUUUUUUACAUUUAAAAAGUAUGACACAUUCUAUUGGUAGUAGUGAUGUACAAAUUAAAGUGUUUUUUUAUGCCGAAUUGAAUCAAAUGUUUCAUUGAAAUUUUUAAUAACAAUUGUUUGGUUCAAUUUUAAUGAUUCAAGUCAUACUCGAAUAGCUAACUAUGUUUCUUUAAUGGAUUAUAUGCAAAAGUAUAUAAGCAAUGAUGACAAUUUGUUUUUGUUUCUUUUUUCUUUAGUUGUCAAUAUAUCGUACUUUUAUAAAAGUUUCUUAUAAUAUGAUAGAAGGAAUGUAUGAUGCAUUUGAACUUAUAUUUCUAUCUCACAAAUAAAGACUCGACAGUUUGAAGAAAUUAAGUUUUAAAGCGUAUGAAGCAUUUUUAAUUACAAUUAUUACAUUGUAUAAAACCAAAAGUUAUGUAGUUACUGAAAAACAAAAUAAUUUGCCCAGUGACAAUAAUUGUGUUUUUCCUCUUAAUUCAAA